CGUAUUUUUCAUGACAGAGAAUUAUAAAGCCGCGUAUUUGAAUGAGCCAUAUAUGAUAUAACUUUUCUUUCUUGUUCGCUUCGGGGAAUGAUUUGCUACAGCUGAUUAUGGAGUAAAACUAAGAUACCUGCCAAUCUUACAGGAAGAUCAUAAGUUUUAUGACGCAUACCAAUUGCUAAUAUUUCCUUGGUGAUUACAAGUACCUCGGCAAGUACAAGAGGAAAGUGAAAACCGAGAUAUUUCUGGAAUCUGCCCACAGUCUCGCUGCAAGUGAAGGACUGGCUGAUUAGAAUUAGCUUCAGAAAAAUGAGGGGACUUAAAAGCAUUGGAAAUGGUACAAGUUUGGAAUUUACUCCAUCGCCAGGAGUUUAUGUCCUUGUUGUCGUUGUGAUCCUGACUGCAGUUGCAUCUGUGAUUGGCAACGUCUUGGUUCAGAUCGCUUUUUGGAGAACGAGAUCUCUUAAAGUGUCUUCACCAGCAAUUCUUGUGAUGGUUUUAGCAUUAGCCGACUUUGGUAUGUCUGUAUUGGUGAUGCCUUUCGUUGUCAGCACAGCAUUGCACGGCAAGUGGUCUCAAAGCCACGAGCUUUGUGUGGCAUCAGGAUUUUUAAAUACGUUACUGACUGCCAUUCAAUUUGGCGUGCUGUUCAGCAUCAGCAUUAACAGAUUUAUGGCAAUUUCCUAUCCACACAGAUAUCUACUUAAAUGGAAAACUUCAACGACAUACGCCAUGGUAUUUUUGGUCGUGGUUCAUAGUUUACUGUGGUCAAUAAUGCCGUUCUUAGGAUGGGGUGGUUACGAGUACAUUCAGGGUACACUGUUUUGUAAUAUAAACUGGUCUCACCACAAAGCUCAUUCUAUCAGUUUACUGGCAUUCUGCUACAUAAUCCCUGCUCUUAUUGCAACCAUCUUGUACAUUACUGUUUAUAUCAAAAUUCGGAGGAUUGGCCAAAGUCCUAUCGCGCAAUUAAGAAUGAGCAGUCAACUGGACUUGAGAGCAAGAAUCGAGAGAGAAAACGACAGCUUGUCUGUUGAUGGUCAUUCAAAGAUCAGCGUUAACGAUCUUUCUUCAUCGCCCUGUAAGAGAGAUAACAUAAAUGGUAGCAGAUACUCGAUAAACACCAUCAAUCAUAAAUUUCGCCGUCAUCGAACACGCGAGUCCCGCGUGACAACAAGUCUGUUAAUGGUUGCAGCUGCUUUCGCCAUCUUCUGGUUACCAAGGGGACUAGUGAACUUCAGUGCUGUCGUGAGCGGGCGAGACUCAGUACCCACGGCUGUGGAGUAUCUCACAUCAGUGUUCAUAUUCAUGUCCAGCUUUGUUAAUCCUAUUAUCUACGCUUUGUUUCACUAUGAAUAUAACAAAGCGUUUAGAAAAAUAUUACGAUGUAAUUUCAUAGUAAGUAGAGGCUAAAACUGGAGUACAAUAUUUCACCACAACAAUGCAACUCAAUAUAAAAUACUAUUCUAUUCACUGAGGGGAAUAUUUCAAGAGGAAU